UUCGGACUGUUGACCAGUCGAUAUAGCGAACAUCAUGCGUUGCUUGACAAUACAAGCGCUGAUUGUGGCAUGUGCGAUUGCUUAUUGCUCGUGUCAGAGUUUUGAUCCCACUGUCUGCCUGCAACUUCCGGACGACAGUAAAAUUGCUAGCCCGAACGUUUGCAAUGAGUUUUUCGUUUGCGAGGGUGGAAUGCUUAGCGAGGGAGGCUACUGCCCCGCAAACAUGCUCUUCAACCCCGUUACUCAAGACUGCGAUUUUGCGAAUAAUGUGGAUUGUCAAGGAGUUCCCCUGCCGCCCGGAUUCGAAACAGAUGAACCAAUUGAAACAACGGAAGCAACGGAAUCAACCGGAUCGACCGGAUCAACAGAACUAACGCAACAGCCAGAAACAACAGAACCGACUACCGAACCUAGAAAGUGCCCAUCGGAGGAUAACGAAGAUCCAUUAUAUCUACCGGUGCAUAAUGAUUGCAGCUCGUACAUUCUUUGCUAUCAUGGAAAGGAAAUACCGCUUUCAUGCCCGGCCAAUUUGUAUUGGAAUGAAAAAACUACUGAAUGUGAUAGUUCUUCGAUCGCUAAUUGCAAGCAAAGCGACAAAUUCGGAUGCCCAAGUGUGGGAAUUGAUUUCCUACCACAUCCCGAGUCCUGCAGAAAGUUCAUCUAUUGUAGGGAUGGAUAUUCCCGGGAACAGAGCUGCGGUUUUUUCAAAGUGUUCAACAAGGAUCUGAAGACGUGCGAGUUAGGUGAUUCCUGUUAGUACUGUUAAUAGGCUUUCAAUUUAGUUUGUAGUUAAUAAAUGCUUGUUGAUUUUUUAUACUCAUAA